CUUGGUCCCCGGUAGCGCGUAGAGCUGGGGGAGGGAGGCCGCUGCUGCCCUUGCUGGACUGUCUCCGCGCCGCCCGGUCCAGCUCGGCUCCCCCAGCAGCGGGGCUGUGUGGAGCCGCCGCCCGCAGGCAUGGGGCGCUUAGCAUGGUGCCUUUUCCCCGUCCUCCUGCUCUGCCAGCUCCGGGAGUCGCUGGCCGACACCCCGGCCAACUGCAGCUUUGCGGACCUGGAGGGCACCUGGGUCUUCCAGGUGGGGAAGGGGGGCCAGAACCGACACAUUAACUGCUCCGAGAUGGGACCUGUGCAAAAAAAAGUAGUUGUGACUCUUCAGAAGGUGGCUGUAGCUCAAGAUGAUCUGGGCAAUUUUGGCUUCUUCACCAUAAUUUAUAAUCAAGGCUUUGAAGUUGUAAUAAAUGAUUACAAAUGGUUUGCAUUUUUUAAG